AUCACUGUCAAGGACUCCCUAUUCGCUAGUAGAAUCCUCCUCCUCUACGGAUUCAUAGUCAUCAAUCCGAACCGGUUGAGCCUGAUUCGAAAACUCAUACGAAAAACUCACAGUCAACGUCCGUAGCAACGCAUCGAUUACUCGCAGGGUCUUCGGAAGCGUUCUUUUAUUCGCAAGGAGGGCAUCACUGCCAACCGCUCUUUCCAACUGUCGUUGCGGCUGUAGACUACGCGUAUUCCUUGGGUCGAAUUCAUCCAUCCAUCAAUCUAUAUAUUUUUUGAAAGAAUGCGCUCGUCGGAUUACAGUCGUGCGCCUCGAUGGGAGUCAUUUGUAGUGCUCGCGUGGGCUACAGCGAGUGCCGUCCUGGUUGGAAACGUAUUCCAACAGGCACUGCCGCAACCAGUGCAGGCCUUUGGUCCUGCACUCGUCCCGCAUCUUUCUCGCAGGUGCGACUUGAUACAACGACGCGUCUCGUCCGACCUGGAAGACGUCGACGUCGACGUGGACAACGACGCAAUCUUGGGCUCCAACAACAUCCCCCGACGACUUCGCAUUCAAGGACGGGGCAUUCCGACGCGAAAAGAUCCCAUCCAACCCUUGGAUUCCAUGACGUACGAAUCAGAUCUGAUCAAAACCUGGGAGCAGGACCCUUCCCGACAAAAGGGUUUCGAUUGGGAAAUUGAAAAGCUUCGGCGCUACUUUGCCGGAUUGCGCAUGCGGGACGACGGUGUCUGGGUACGCCAGCCAUCCUUCUUUGACUUUCUCGUCAGCAAGUCUCGGAGCGAUCCGGGUAAUGCGCCUCGUCCCGUCGGCCUCGUGGAUGUCGUUAAACUCGUCUUGACGAAUUCCUUGACGAGCGUCGGCCUGGGACCGGCACUCGGAAUGGCUGCCGUCCCCAACGCCGUUAUUCAAAAGUACGAAGGUUCCUUCUUUUCCUUCAUCAAAGGAGUUCUCGGUGGUGACCUGCAAACCUUAGCCGGUGGUCCCCUCUUUUUACUCCUCAACAAGUACUUUGAAGUCUACGGACCUAUAUUUAACCUCUCCUUCGGGCCCAAGUCGUUUCUGGUCGUUUCCGAUCCCGUCAUGGCGCGUCACGUCCUGCGUGAAACGAGCCCCGACCAGUACUGCAAAGGGAUGCUGGCGGAAAUUCUGGAUCCUAUCAUGGGCAAAGGCCUCAUUCCUGCCGAUCCAGCCACCUGGAAAGUCCGUCGCCGGGCAAUUGUCCCUUCGUUCCACAAGCGAUGGUUGAAUCGGAUGAUUACUCUAUUUGCCGAACGCGCCGAAAUUCUCGCCGAUGAUUUACAACCCAAAUCAGCCAAGGGACAGGUUGUUGACAUGGAAGAACGCUUUUGCAGCGUCACACUCGAUAUUAUUGGCAAAGCCGUUUUCAAUUACGACUUUGGUUCCGUCACGGACGAAUCGCCAAUUAUCAAGGCCGUCUAUCGCGUUUUGAGAGAGGCCGAACACCGGUCGUCGAGCUUUAUUCCGUAUUGGAAUCUGCCCUAUGCGGAUCAAUGGAUGGGUGGGCAGGUGGAAUUCCGCAAGGAUAUGACCAUGCUGGACGACAUAUUGGCCGAUUUGAUCAACAAGGCCGUGUCGACACGACGAGAAGCGAGUAUUGAAGAAUUGGAAAAACGAGAAAACGAAGAUGAUCCUUCCCUACUGCGAUUCCUGGUCGGCAUGCGCGGUGAGGAUUUGUCGUCCAUGGUAUUGCGCGACGAUCUCAUGACCAUGCUGAUUGCUGGACACGAAACGACGGCGGCAAUGCUGACCUGGACACUGUUCGAAUUGAGUAGGGGCGAUCCGGGCUUGUUGAAGGAAGUGCAAGCUGAAGUAAGAACAGUCCUGAAAGGCAAAGAGCGACCGGAUUACGAUGAUAUUGUCGCCAUGAAAAAGUUGCGGUAUAGUUUGAUCGAGGCCUUGCGUUUGUAUCCGGAGCCGCCGUUGCUAAUUCGGCGGGCCCGAACGGAAGACAAUCUUCCGGCGGGCAGCUCGGAUCUCAAGAGUGGCGUCAAAGUGCUGCGCGGAACUGAUAUGUUUAUUUCCACUUGGAAUUUGCACCGUAGCCCUGAUCUGUGGGAAAACCCCGAGGUAUUUGAUCCGACCCGAUGGGACCGACCAUUUAACAAUGCUGGCAUUCCUGGGUGGAGUGGAUAUAAUCCCGACAAGGUGAGCGGUUUGUAUCCGAGUGAAAAUGCCGCAGAUUUUGCCUUUUUGCCCUUUGGCGGUGGUCAGCGGAAAUGUGUCGGUGAUCAAUUUGCCAUGAUGGAAGCCACGGUGACAAUGGCUUUGAUGAUUAAGAAAUACGAUUUCGAUUUCGCUAUUCCAGCAGAAGACGUCGGUAUGAAAACGGGAGCCACUAUUCAUACCAUGAAUGGACUCAUGAUGAGGGCCCGUCAGGUUAAUGAAAACGAGCCGGUCCAAUCGGCGGAAGGCUAUUGGGAAAUGCAGCAUUUAAAACGAGGUUUGAAUGCGAAUGGACGACCGUACACAACCGAAGAAGAGGCGGUGUGGCAAACCUCGGAGCGAUUGUCACACAAAAAGGAAGAAGAAAAGCCGAACGGCGAAGGCGGAUGUCCAAUGCACAAGAUGUAAAUGGACGCUAGACUUUGUGUCUUGCUAAAAACCUACAGUUAGUGAAAGUUAACAAAUU